AAUUGGCAGAAAUAAGCUGUAAUCAAAAUGGGAAAAGAACUUGGACCUUUGGCUAAGCACCAAAAAGAAGUUGAUGGUCAAAAGAAAUUGAUUGAAAAGCAAAUUAAAGACAGCAACAAAUUGUUGGGCAAUUCUAAGUUAAAAAAUGAUGAAGAAAAGCUCAAAGAACAAUUUAAAGGAUGUUAUGAAAUCAAAUUGAAAGUUGAAGAGUUCAUUGUUGCAGCAAAUGCACUAGAAGAGGGAAAUGAACCUUCAAAAGUCAAAGGAUUUGAUAAUAAGAAGAAAGCAGAGAUAACAAGACUUGAGAAAUGGCAGACACAGCUAGACACCCAGAUGAAGAAACUUUUGCCCGAGGAGAAAGGGGAGGAAUACCUCAAGGAGUUGAAGGGUGAAAGUGAAGAGGAUGAUGAAGAAGAAGAUGAUGAUGAAGAAGAAGAAGAAGGGGAAGAGGAAGAAAUAGAAGAAGAGGAGGUGGAGGAGGAGGAAGAAGAAGAAGAAAGUGAAAAACAAGAUUCAAAGAAAAAGGAAAAAGAGCCAGCAGAAAAAGCAGGAAAGAAAGAAAAGAAAGACAAAGAAAAAACUGAAGAAGCAGCAGAGGAAGAAGAAGAAGAAGAAGAUGAUGAUGAGGAAGAAGAGGAAGAAGAAGAGGAGGAAGACACAAUGAAAACAGAGAGUAAACCAAAAGCCAAAGUAACUAAAGAAGAGGAAGAUGAAGAAGAAGAUGAUGAUGAUGAUGAAGAAGAAGAGGAGGAAGAAGGAAGUGAAGAGGAGGAGGAAGAUGAUGAAGAAGAGGAAGAAGAAGAGACAGAGAAAAAGGAAGUAGAUGAUAUGGAACAAACAACUAUUGAGGGCCUUCAGUUUGAGGGACUCUAUGAUUAUGAGGGGAAGGAGGAGGGAGAUUUGUCCUUCAAACAAGGAGAGAUUCUGACCAUCAUCAACACAAGAGAGGAUGGUUGGUGGGAGGCAGAAAAUAAAGAUGGAAAAAGAGGAACUGUACCUAAGACCUUCCUACAGAUGCACAAUAAAUACAAACAUGUACAACAAGAUGAUGAAGAAGAAGAAGAGGAGGAAGAUGAAAAUGAAGAGGAUGAGGAGGAGAAGAUAGAAGCCAAGAACAGCCACAAGAAAGGAUGGGGGAGCAUAAAGAGAGCAUUAGGAGAGACCAGUGUAACAGACGUACUUCAUGCUCUAGGAGCCAUGCCUUCAGGAUUUAGACCGUCCACAUUGGGUCCUAAGUUUACCAAGGAUGAGAAUUUCACCAUGACGAACUACCUGGCACCAAAGUUAAGUGAUUCCAAUAUCUCCUACAGGGACCUGUUCUACAUUCCCAAGGAGAGCAAGUUAAGGCCAUUUUCUACAAAGAUGGACAGAAUUAUUUUGAUUCAAGGCUGUAAACAAAUCCCGCUCCCAGGAACUGGAGUUGAUGUUGUGGGUAGACAUGUCAGAAUGUGCCUUUUUGAUGGACACAAUAUGCUGAGUAACAUUCAUACAGUGAAAGUGACGUCAGUCGACAGGGAACAAAAAGCCUGGUCAUUCUCCUCAAAGAUCAGUGAUGCGAUGGACCCCUACCUCCACAGUGAAGUCUUCAUCAGAUCUAAUGACACCUCCAAGUCCACCGUCGGAAUUCUAUUUGAGUUAUGUGUGUCAUACUGCAAAACUAAAACCAAAGAGUAUGGAGAAUUCAGUUGUGGGUGGGUUCAUCUUCCCUUGGUGGAAGAAAACGGAGGUGUGAUCUCAAACAGAUCUUUUGAUCUGUAUGUUAAUGGAGGAACUCCUUAUGAGAAAGGCGUGGAAGUGGACCCGAGCAUCAGCAGGAGAAGAACAGUACAAAAUCUGAGUGCGGCCAGUAGUUCCUUCAUGUCCAUGCUGUCGGGAAACAAACAACCUCGAUUGAAUGUCAAGGUCAUGAUGCCAAAAGCGGAACAGAAGGCUCAGCUAGACAACCUUCCGGAGGUGUUGCUCGGCAAUGUUGCUCUCUUGCCAUAUUAUUCGUACUACAGACAGAUCCUAGCUGACGAACUAUUGAAGAAUCGACUAGACUACAAUUCAACAGAACUACUGCACAGCCCUGUUUUAGCCGUUUUUCCUAAGGCGGCUGAUCAGCAUGAUCUGAUGAAAGUUUUACGGGAUACCUACAUAUCAAAAUCAAAGACUGUGAAGCGAGUUGAGAUGAGGGACAGUGAGUUUAUGAAGAACUUCUUCAAGGAAUGUGUUUUAGAGAGUGUCUACCCACUUAUGUAUGAUGUGAAUUUAAAACCUUACAGAUCAGGGAAUGUCCAAAUUGAAGAGGAAAGACUUGAAGAGAUCAACCAUUUUCUGACUAAAAAGACAGAAAGAAAAGGAAUUCUAGCUCUGUUGUUAUCCUCCGAGAUUGAGUUCUCUCCCUUGGACAUUAAGGAGGUUGCCUUUGAUGUCAUUGGACCACAUUGUUUAGCAGCAAACUCACAGGUUGCUGCAAAUGGCUGAAAAUGAAGAGGAUUAUAGAAACUUAUAUAUCUGUGAUUGACUGUGAUAGAGACAAGUAUUGUGGCAGUUAGUGGUUGUAGACUUUAGAGCCGACCUACGCUGUGUAAGCCUGUCUGUGUAAGCCUGUCUGUAAGGGGGCGUGACUCUAAAAGGGAACGCCUUACACUCUCAUGUUGUACAUUGUAAUGGCAGCUUCCUCAUGUGGAGAUUUUACACUCAAUAAAUUAUUACAAGACUUUUUAAAAA